GGCGCGCCCGUGGCGCGGGGGCGGGGCGGGCCGGGCUCCGGCGGGCGCGGAGCGCGGCGGGAGCGGAGCGAGCGCCAGGAUUUGGUUAGUGUUUUAGACUCAUAACAUAUUUCUCUGAAGCUGAUGUUUUCCUAAAACUUUCAGCUUGGCUUUAAAAGCUACUUCGCUGGAAUGUUUUAAACGGUUAAAAAACUUCUAGGAUUUGAAGUUUAUUUAAAUUAAUCGAAGGAAAUACUUCUGGCCUCACCAAAGAAAUAACUGGAAUCAUGGAUCAGAACAACAGCUUGCCACCCUAUGCUCAAGGCUUAGCCUCCCCUCAGGGUGCAAUGACUCCAGGAAUUCCAAUUUUCAGCCCGAUGAUGCCAUAUGGCACAGGACUGACGCCGCAGCCUGUCCAGAGCACCAACAGUCUGUCCAUAUUGGAGGAACAGCAGCGGCAGCAGCAGCAGCAGCAGGCAGCACAGCAAUCCACGUCACAGCAAGCCACACAGGGAACAUCUGGUCAAACCCCCCAGCUCUUCCAUUCACAGACUCUUACCACAGCCCCUUUACCAGGAACCACCCCUCUGUACCCCUCUCCAAUGACUCCAAUGACUCCAAUAACUCCUGCAACACCGGCGUCAGAGAGCUCUGGCAUAGUGCCACAACUACAGAAUAUUGUGUCCACAGUAAAUCUUGGUUGCAAACUUGACCUAAAAACUAUUGCACUUCGUGCCCGAAAUGCUGAAUAUAAUCCCAAGCGUUUUGCUGCUGUUAUUAUGAGAAUAAGAGAACCACGUACUACUGCACUGAUAUUCAGCUCUGGGAAAAUGGUGUGCACAGGAGCAAAAAGUGAGGAGCAAUCCAGACUGGCAGCAAGGAAGUAUGCAAGAGUUGUUCAGAAACUGGGAUUUCCUGCAAAAUUUUUGGAUUUUAAAAUUCAGAAUAUGGUGGGCAGCUGUGAUGUGAAAUUUCCCAUCAGACUGGAAGGAUUGGUACUCACACACCAGCAGUUCAGCAGCUACGAGCCGGAAUUGUUUCCUGGCUUAAUCUACAGAAUGAUUAAGCCAAGAAUUGUUCUGCUUAUUUUUGUUUCUGGAAAAGUGGUUUUAACUGGUGCUAAAGUACGAGCAGAAAUCUAUGAAGCAUUUGAAAACAUCUAUCCUAUUUUAAAGGGAUUCAGAAAGACAACGUAACAGUUUCUACAGCUUCAGAGAAAUCAGGGUUAUAUUUUAAAAGGUAUUGUGUAUGGCACAGCAGUAACAAGAAACGGACUUCCAGUGCAACUGCAACACCAAGACUUGGACUAUUUCCCAGUUAGUGCCUACUUCCCUGAUGCUCAAGGGGAACUGUAUUCUUGAAUAUGUCUACUGAGUUACUGUGAGUUGCUUUACUGGGCUGUUCCUGGAGCAGCCCCUCCAACUUUUAUUUAUAUUCUAGCUUUUAAAUAGUUUUAAUGCCAGUUCUAUUAAUAGAAAAUCUGUAAGUUGGUUUAAAGACAAAUGCAACUGUGUCACUCAGUGUAAAAACCACUUAAAUUGCCAUGUAUAUAUGUUUUAAGUUCCUUCCAUAAGACCAUGGUUUUUAUAAUUUUCAGAACUUUAGCUUUUAAAUUUUUCAAUUUAAAAUUUCUUUGGUGCCAGACACAUUCCCUCUUUCCAGUAUUAAGCAAGAUAGAAUAAAUUUAUUAAUUAAAAUGGCUCACUGUACAUAUAUAUAUAAUAUAUUCCUUUCUUCUCUUUCCUUCUUCAACUCCACAUGUACAAUAAACCCUGUUUAUACAACUAUGGGAACUGUCUUAAUAAAUUUUAAAAUUACCCA